AUGGAUAUUUUCCGUAUUUUGAGCCGAGGGGCGGCGCUUAAGAACAGCAAGGCGGCCACGGCGGACUUUUCGGACAAAAGGAAGCCCAAGACGACGGAAAAAGCGUCUCUGGACGAUAUCGAUAGAGAAACCGAUUUCUUCAGAACAAAGAGCCACAAGCAUAAGGAAGAGACCAAGGAGGAGGUGCAGGAGGAAGAAGAGCCUCCCAAGGCGGUCAUAGCGUCAGCAGAAGACGCCCAGAAGUUCCGUCGAUCCGCAGGUUCCAAGGUCACUGGUCAUGAUGUUCCUCUUCCCAUUGGGUCCUUUGAGGAUCUAGUUUCCCGUUUCCAGAUCAACAAGAGACUUUUGCAUAAUCUUCUAGACGCCGAGUUUGUGGAACCCACGCCCAUCCAGUGUGAAGGCAUCCCCGUGGCUCUCAACGACAGAGACCUCAUUGGAUGUGCUCCCACUGGUUCCGGUAAGACCCUUGCAUUUUUGAUCCCCAUGAUCCAGACGCUUUUGGAGAACGCUCCAGCUAAAAACAGCAAAAUCAGAGGUCUCGUCAUUGCGCCCACGAACGAGUUGGCGUCGCAGAUCUUUCAACAGCUCCAGACUCUCACUAAAGGUCACAAGAACCUCCCCAGUGCCAUUCUCUCCAGACAAAUGGCCAGCCGGUUCCAGGACGGCAUUGUGCCUUCGACCAAAUACGCCAUCAUCGUGUCCACGCCUUUGCGUCUUUUGGACGUGGUCAAGAACGGUUUUGUCGAUUUGACCUCUGUGGAGCAGUUGGUGAUCGAUGAGGCCGAUAGGCUUUUCGACAAGGGUUUUGUGGAGCAGACCGAUGCGCUUUUGGCCAACAUGACCAACCCAAAGUUGCGCCGUUCCAUCUUCUCUGCUACUAUUCCAGCCGGUGUGGAAGAAUUGGCCAACUCCAUCAUGAGAGAUCCCGUGAGAGUCAUUGUGGGCCACAAGGAAGCGGCUUCGCUGAACAUUGAGCAAAAAUUGGUCUUCACAGGCAGCGAAGACGGUAAGCUUGUUGCCAUUCGUGAAAUGCUCCAGAAAGGUGAGUUUAAACCGCCUGUGAUUAUCUUCUUGCAAAGCAUCACACGUGCCAAGGCCUUGUUCCACGAAUUGCUCUACGACAAGCUCAAUGUUGAUGUUAUCCAUGCCGAGAGAACGCCCAAGCAGCGAGACGAGGUGAUCAAACGGUUCAAGAACGGUGACAUUUGGGUGCUCAUCACCACCGAUGUUUUGGCUAGAGGUGUGGAUUUCAAAGGUGUCAAUCUCGUCAUUAACUACGAUGUUCCUCAGUCAGCUCAGGCUUAUGUCCACAGGAUCGGUAGAACUGGUCGUGGUACCAACAAGGGUAAGGCCGUGACGUUUUUCACCAAAGAAGACUCGGCCAUUGUGAAGCCAAUUGUGAAUGUCAUGAAGCAGUCGGGCUGCACGGACGGCUACAGCGACUGGAUGGAGAACAUGAGCCGUUUGUCGUAUCACGAUAAGCGCAAGAUCAAAUCGAAGCAGGCUGAAAGAGAUGCCAUCAGUACGGUGCCCAAGGUGGUGAAGCAGAAGAGGAAGCAGCGGCAGGAGAUGAUUGCUGCUUCGAAGAGGCGGAAGGAGGCCACGAGCUAG